ACUUGCUAUUGACUAAAUAAACUACAAACCUCGGGUCAUAGCCACAGCGAAUGACUUUCCAAGCACUUUUAGCUCAUCUUGAGCCACAGAUCGCAACGAACGAAAUAAACCAGAGCACCGUUCUGCCAGCCAAGGACCCUUGUCAUCCAUUAGAGCCGUAAUCAAGAGAUUACUCAUGAAUAGUACAUGGCACAAUGCCCCGUGGAAGAGCUUCUCGGACUUCUAUUCAGAGUGAACUUCAUCGAGAUAGGAGGCGCCCAGAGAUCACCAUUGUGGCAGCUGAGCCUCUGAGGCCAGCCUCGUGGUUUCCAGGAGCCCCACCUCCAGGACUGGGAUUUCCUCCAACUCCUGCCCCCGGCCCGUGGAGGCCGAAUGAGCUGGUUUCUGCUGAGCUCCCACCUUCUUAUGAACAAGUCAUAAAAGAAAUCAACCAAGUUCAAGUUAACACUACAAAUAAUAAUAAUGCUGCUGCCACUCCAAGGCACACUAUCACUUCUGCAACUCAGACUGACUUUUCAGAAGACAUAGACAACAAUCUGCCUCAAACACUGCCGGAGCCUCUCAAGCCUCUUCAGCCUUCCCCAGCAGCCUCACCCGGCGGUGUCCCCACCAAUGUGGCUCCUUUAAUAGUCUUUGAUGUUUCUGAAGAAGCAAGUUGUCCAGAAAACCCCAGUGCUCCAAGAUGUCCAGUGCCAAAACCAAGAUCGAAAAGCAACCUCAGACCAGUAGCUAAAACUGCCCAGAAAAUCAGCCCAGUGGUCCCAGAAGAGGAGCCAUCCCCAGGCUGGCCCCAGUGUCUGUUGGACAACACCAGCGACUUAGAGAGUCUGCCAAGGAUGGACACGAUGAACGCAGAGCAAAGCCAAAAUAGCAUUGUUUCAAGGAUCAAAGCAUUUGAGGGUCAGACAAACGCAGAAACCCCGGGACUGCCCAAGAAACCAGAGAUCAUCCCCCGCACACUGCCCCCAAAGCCUGCCAUUUCCUCAGGGAAACCUUCUGUGGCUCCCAAACCAGCGGCUAACAGAGCUUCUGGAGAAUGGGAUGCUUGGGCUGAAAACAGGCUCAAGGUGACCUCCAGGGAAGGGCUCGCCCCAUUCUCUUCACCACCAGAACCAGGCAGUGUGCCAGUAACCAAACCCGAAUUGCCAAAGAAACCAACUCCUGGCCUUACCCGAAGUGCUAACCACGAGAUUCCGGGAGGAGGGCCCGUGGCCGACAGCCCUGAUGCUGGGAAGAAAGUCCCCACUCCUGCCCCUCGGCCCUUGCCCCCGAAGAAAUCGGUUUCCUCAGAAAACCCCAGCUGCCCUCCGGCUCCCCCGAAACCAGCCCCUGUUCCUCCCCGGCUCUCAGUGGCAUCACAAGCCAAAGCAUUCAGGUCACUGGGAGAAGGGCCCGCGGCCAACCCCCCUGUUCCAGCUCUGCAAAGCAAGUCCCUGGGGGACAUUGAUCUCAUCAGCUUUGAUGAUGAUGUUUUGCCCACCUCCCCUGGGAGCCCAGCUGAAGAAUCCCUCAGUUCAGAGCUGCUUCUAGAUCCCUUUCAGCUCCCCACAAAAACUGAACCAACAAAAGAAAGAGCAAUUCAACCAGCAGCCGCCAGGAAGCCCACUGUAAUUCGAAUUCCAGCCAAACCAGGAAAAUGUUUACAUGAGGAUCCGCAAAGCCCACCUCCACUCCCAGCUGAAAAACCUAUUGGAAACACCUACAGCACAGUACCUGGAAAACCCAGUAAUGCUGACAGAUCUAAAAACUUGGAAUCCAACCAAGCUGGUGAGACCGGAGGUUUUGUGCGAGGACCCCCAAGGUUGCCACCAAGACCCGUUAAUGGAAAACCUACUCCAGCUAGACGGCCUCCUCCCAAAGGAGCCCCCGAGAGGCCACCUCCCCCAAAACUUCCUGCAACCCGAACAUCAAAUAAAAAACUGCCUUUUAGUCGGUCCUCUUCUGACAUGGAUCUUCAGAAAAAACAAAGUCCCUUGGCAUCUGGGCUCUCAAAAGCCAAGAGUCAUAUCUUUAAAAGUCAAGAUCCGGUGCUACCCCCUCGUCCCAAACCAGGACAUCCUCUGUACAGAAAAUACAUGCUGUCUGUGCCUCAUGGAAUUGCCAAUGAAGACAUUGUCCCACAAAACCCUGGAGAACUCUCUCGGAAGGAUCCAAGUCCUGCUCAGAAACCUGUGGACAGUAGUGCUCCUCACGCUGUCGUUCUUCAUGAUUUUGCAGCAGAGCAAGAUGACGAUUUGAAUCUCACAUCUGGAGAAAUUGUUUAUCUUCUUGAAAAAAUAGACACAGAUUGGUACAGAGGGAAAUGCAGAAGCCAGACUGGCGUGUUUCCUGCCAACUAUGUCAAAGUAAUCGUUGAUAUUCCAGAAGGAGAAAAUGGGAAAAGAGAAUCAGUUUCAUCUCAUUGUGUUAAAAAUACAAGAUGUGUUGCUCGGUUUGAAUAUAUUGGAGACCAGAAGGAUGAGUUAAGUUUCUCAGAGGGAGAAAUGAUUAUUCUUAAAGAGUACAUGAAUGAGGAAUGGGCAAGAGGAGAGCUUCAAGACAGAACUGGGRUCUUCCCCCUUAACUUCGUGGAACUUGUUGAGGAUUAUUCCACCUCUGGUGCAAAUGUUUUAAGAACAAAGAUACCACCAAAGACCAAAAAAGAAGAUUCUGGCUCACAYUCUCAGGACAACAGCCUUUCUGGAGAAUGGUGCAGAGCYCUCCACAGUUUCACAGCAGAAACCAGUGAAGACUUAUCCUUCAAGAGGGGAGACCGGAUCCUGAUCCUCGAGCGUCUGGACUCCGACUGGUAUCGGGGCAGACUGCACGACAGAGAGGGGAUCUUCCCAGCAGUUUUUGUGCAGCCCUGUCCAGCUGAGGCAAAAAGUAUGUCUGCCAUAUCACUGAAGGGGAGGAAGGCCAAAGCCUUGUAUGAUUUCCAGGGGGAGAAUGAAGAYGAGCUCUCCUUCAAGGCUGGGGAUAUAAUAACAGRGCUGGAAUCUGUAGAUGACGACUGGAUGAGUGGAGAACUAAUGGGAAAAUCUGGAAUAUUUCCCAAAAACUACRUUCACAUUCUACAAGUCAGCUAAAGGUGAAGCUCCACUGUUCCCUGGCACGAAAACUCGCUUGAACUAUCAUUUUGACUAUCAGAUGUUUUUGCACUAUUUUUUUAAGCAGAAAGAGAAAUACCUGAGGUGUACACGAUACACUAGAAUUUUCUGAAAGCAGAAAACUUCUAGGUUUUGUAGCUAGCUUUCCUUCACAGUGGGAGUGUGCACAUGGGCUAGGAAGACACCUGGAGGGAUUAGCAAGGCAGAUACACAUGUCCYCCCCCUCCCCCAGGGAGAGUGUCAGGUGACACAGCCGCAUGGAGUGGCUGCAAACCCAAGUUGCACUUGGAGGUGUGUUUUAAUCAGCACAAAUKAAUUAACCAUGCUUCUUCAUUUUUACUUUAGUUUAAAAAGAGGACGUUUGACAUUCUACAUGCUGUAACUAUCAGGACAUGGUUGGUAAUCUCAAUUUCAUUUUUGAUAUUCAAAUUAUUUCUAACAGCCUGAGCACAUUAGCCUUAGUACCAGGGCAGAGAGAGAGAGAGUUUAUUAACUAGUUGGAGCAUUUCUAAGCACAUGGCAAAGUCAGCUCACACUCAGCAAAUACUCCUAUGUUACUGCUUCCUCUUGGUCCAAGGAGCUGAAGGGGGUCAAAAUUUSAUGUAUCUUAGUCAAAAAAGCCCAAACCAUCCCCAAGAUGCCUUGCUAAUGCAGCUGACUCUUCCACACACAUGCCAUGGUUUUUCUUUGCUCAGUCUAUGCUUUAUGUUAACAGGGUUAUUAUAAAAGCACAUUCUCUGAAUCUGCAAUCAUUCCUUUGACAAUUACUGGUACCCAAAGGAAAAUUCAUUUUCUUUGCAUUACCCCAGUAAUAUAUAAAAGCUGUGUCUUGUUAUGGUAGGACAUUAUGAAUCACAUAGAGCAUCUUUGAAUGCAGAGCAACUGUUAAGAUGAAAAACAGUGCCAAGCCCCCACCACUCAUUUAUUCGAAAUAUAAUCAGAAUGAAAAAUAAUUUAAGAGGACUGAAGGCUGGUACUCUCCACCAGCCACGCCCCCGCCAGCUCUUCUCAGCACAAUUAUUAGAGUAAAUAAGAAAACCACUUUCCUUUCAUCCAUUGUUAUACAUUGCAAAGCUUAAGAUAAAAGUGGUUCUUCACAUGACUGAAUCAGUUACAGCUGAUGGGCUAAAGCCAAAUAGGUUGAAGACAAUCUUCCAAACACAUCAGUAGAAUAGAAUUUCUUGAAAAUGUAAAACACUUUCCCAACAAUGUUCAUGACUUUCUUCUGUUUUUGAGAAUUUUAUAUGCUGGAUCACUUUUGAGCCUCUGUCGUUUUCUCCCAUUGCCUAAAAGCUGGUCAGCCAGUGAUUGCACUUGACCUGAAUGCCACGUGGAGUCUGGAAGGAAGUAAUAUUUACUUUGUCUUUGAGUGAAGUUCACCUCCAAGGUUUAUGGUUACAUUUGAUUUUGGAGUAUGGGAGCUGUGUUUUCUAUGUUUGGGGUGAGGAAGAGAGUAUAAAGAGAAUUCUUGUCCAAUUUCACUCAAAGGUCAUUUAAUGAGAAAGGGAUGACUUUUAAACCAUUAUCCAAACUAAAAUUCUCAUUGGCAGCAAGCUGUACAACAGCAGGAAGGGGGCAGGACUAGGGAACGGGACAUGAGGUUUCCUCUUUGCCUGUGUAAUUUUAACAUAUUGAAGAUUCUGAAAACUUAUCUCUUUUGGAGAAAAAUAUCCCCCUUAAUGUUGGCCUUCUGUAAGCAGAAUGAUAAGUGCAAUAGUUGUAAAUCUACUUGACACUAUAAUAAACCGAACUGAACUUUUCCAAGCCCCUUUCUUAGACUAGACUGAAUUUUUGAGAUUGGAAAUGGCAUCUUCUUAUCUUCAUAUCUCAAAUCCCUUGGACCAUAUAGGUUGGUUGCUUGGUUGGUUGGAUAGAUGGAUGGGUGGGUGGGUGAAUUUCACCUAUAGCAAUUCUAUCUUAGAUCUACACACUAUCUUUUCUCUUUAAUUCAUUGGCAAAAAUCUAUAUUUAAACAAAAUUCAGUUAUGUUUGAUUUGCCUCUAUUAUGUUCUGGUUUUUGCUUGCCAUUUAUUUCCCACUGAGCAGAUAGAAAGCAAAAAUGUUACCAGUGGGUUUUCAUAGAUAAUUUCUUAUCCUGAAUAUUGAUUGAAUUCAAGGUGAGACUCAACCAUGUUUAAGUAGAAACAUAUUUAUGCCCAGUUAGUUUUAUAGGGAAGAAAUAGGAAUACAUUUUGUUUCCUUUCAAGAAUGUUAAGUGGAAACUUGAUAUUGUUCAUCUAAGCCUGCUCAAAUCCUGAGUCUCUGAAUCCUUUCUCAUUGUUAGGUUAAAACUGAAGAAGCCACAUUAUGUAUUAGCCUUUGAACACUAAAAGACAACAUAUUUCUUUAAAAGGCACCCUUGUUUUCGUGGCUGGAAAUCAAUCCCAGGCCUGGAAAUUAAUCUGUAACAUUCAGAAUGAAAGAAGUCAGUUUAUUUAUAAAACUUGAUUAUUACAUCUAGUAUUUGAAAAGAUUUUUUCUAUAAGGUUAUAAAUCAAUGCUCUUAACAAUCACCAUUUAAAUUUUAUUCAUUUUCUUAAGGUUAGAUAAAUAUACCCAGAGAAAAUACUGAUGGGUAUAUGGGCUAAUAAUAAGGGAAUAUGUUCACUUUGAUAUGAUCAUUAAUGGUUAUAAUUAAUGUCAAAUACACACAGGCCACACGACUCAUGAUACAAUGCCAUUUUGAAUGCCACUGAGUGAAUUCUUAAGCAGUGAAGUUUUAUAGAACUAAUGAGAAAUCAUUUUCUAGCCUAUGUCUUUUUACUUCACUGUAAAUAUGAAAGGAAAAAAAUCCAGAGCCUCACUCAGAACAAUACCACCAUCUAGGGGCCACUCCCUUAAUUGCAAAUUCUUCCUGUUAAACUGCCAAGGGGUCUUUGGAGAGCUGAGCUCAGCCUGCACUGUUAUAAAUGCUUCAAAGAAAUGCUUUGCAUCUCAUAGAUGCUUAAUAAAUGUUGCCUAGAUACAUGAAUGGAUGACAGAAUAUAAAAUUGAUAGGAGGUUAAAGAAAGGAAAAGAGGCCAUGUGUAGUGGCACACGCCUAUAAUUCCCGUGCCU